AUGACCGCCGAGGCAGUCCUAGAAGGAGAUGUCCUCCUCGCGAGGCGCAUCAUCUCCGCCGCCGCGCGCCAUGACGUGCCGGCACUGGAGAUCCUGCUCAAAGACGGCUCGGCGAACGUGCAGGAUGGCACGGCGCCGGUCGCCUCGUCCCCACUGCACGCUGCAAUUGCGGCGUGUGGGGAUGCCGCAGAUGGAAAACAGGCGGGCGACGACGCGAUCAGGACGGUGGAGUUGCUGCUCGAGAACGGGGCCAUCUGGAAUGACCUGAACGGUGAGGAUGAGACGCCCGGGUGCAUUGCGCUGCGGCUGGGCCAGAGGAAGAUCUACGACAUGAUGGUUGACGCCGGUGUGCGGGCCGAGCUUCUCUUCUCCAAGAUGGAGAGCUUGGGGCUGGACGAGGACGAGGACGAGAGGGUUGAAGGUGAAAACGACGGCGACGACAAUGACGAAGUGGAUGACGAGAUACAUGACCAACAGCCCGGGUCCAAGAGGCAGAAACUCUCGAACGGGGAAGGGCAAGCGGUGGAGCAGGGGGUCGAAGAGCAAGUCCUCGACGACGUCUCGCUCGAUAAUCGGGCGUACCUGAAGAGCCAGCUCCGGUACAAGCCGGGCAUCUUGCUCGACGAAAGCGACAACGCGGUGAUGAUGGACUGGGAGACCCAGAUUAUGCAGCGGCACGCCGAGACGCUUAUCCCCCGCGCCGGCCUCAAGGUGAUGAACGUGGGCCACGGCAUGGGCAUCGUCGACACGGCCAUCCAGACCCACCGCCCGGCCGAACACCACAUCGUCGAGGCCCACCCGCAGGUUCUCCAGCGCCUGCGUGACCAGGGCUGGUACGACAAGCCCGGAGUCGUCAUCCACGAAGGGCGGUGGCAGGACGUGCUGCCGACCCUGGUCGAGACGGGCACGGUGCAGCUCGACGCCAUCUACUACGACACCUUCGCCGAAGACUACAAGGCCCUGCGGGAGUUCUUCUCCGAGUACGUUGUCCAGCUCCUCAGCCCCACGGGGCGAUUCGGCUGGUACAACGGCCUGGGCGCGGAUCGGCAGAUUUGCUACGACGUGUACACCAAGGUUGCAGAAAUCGAUCUUCAGCAGGCAGGUUUCGACACGGCGUGGGAAGAUAUCGCCGUCCCCGCCGGUCUCCACGGCAGUAAGCAGUGGGAGGGCACGCGGAGGCCCUACUGGACGAUCGACGUUUAUCGGUUGCCGGUGAACACCUUCACGAAGUGA